UAAGGUUUCUCCAUAAAAAAAACUUAUCAGUGAAAUUUUAAAAAAUCAGCAUAAUUUAAUUCAAUUCUUCCGGAGUAAUUCAAAUUCGACGAAAAGUGAUGUGAUCAUCGUUUUUACUGAAAAAUUCAUGCGAUAAUUGUUCAUUUCAUUAUUUCACGUUAAUGUGUGGAAUUCAAAACGUAUCGAGUUCGUGAAUAAACUUCAAUACAACCCAGCGGCAUGAUUUUGUUAAAUUACAUUUUUUUGUUUAUAUUUCUAUUGCAUGAUGCAUCGAGUGCGAAUAAAUAUUCUAAGGAAGUAAAUGUUAAGCCAGAAGAAGUCAAGAAAGCUAAGCUUAAAGAUUAUUUUGAAGAAGAUGUAAAUUUCCAUAUACGAGAUCAUGAUAAACCAUUCAGAAUGGCCAAAUUGAAUUUACUGUGGGCAAAAGCUAAAUUACGGCUAUCCGAACCAAAACUCAAGUCUUUCUAUUCGGAUUUGAAAUUACACGAUAAAGAAGAAAUAGCUUUCAAACAUUACAUCUCUGCCGGAAAUUCGGAUAAAGAAGGUUUAAAGGAAGCUGAACUACGGAAAAAAUUGAUCGGUAUCAUGAGUACAUAUGGACUACUCGAACAUUUCCAAGAGAUGGGAGAUGCGAAGAAACUGAAAAAUUAUGAUAUUAAUCCAGAAUCGUAUCUGGAUAAAGAGGUUUUUAAGGAUAAAAAGUUGAAUAAAUUGUGGACUAAAGCUGAAAUAGCCGGUUUCAAUAAAAUUGAAUUGCAAGUGUUGAAAGAAGAAUUCACCCAUCAUCAGGAUAAAAUUGAUGAGUAUUAUUCUCUAAUCAACAGCGCAUCGGAAAUCGACGAUAAUACCGUAGAUGAAAGCUUUGAUAAACUAAAUGCUAUAGAAAAUCUCGAAGAAUCAAACGAUGUCAUCCCGGAAAGUAAAUUUCAAAACAGAGUUAACGAUAUCAGGAGUAAAGGUCGUGACAUCAAAGAUGGUUACGAUAGAUUAGAACGUUUGGCUGCCCAAGGACCUAACAGUAGAGAAUUUGUAGAACCAAAGGUUCAAGGUCUUUGGAGAAUAGCCGUCCAUUCGAAUUUCUCUAACGCAGAAUUGGAAUCAAUAAGGACGGAAUUACAUCAUUAUGAGAAACGUUUAUUGAAACUUCGUAAUUUACAUUUGGAAGCUGCCAUUGGUAAACAUUCGGAGCAAAAAAAAUUGAGUGGAGAAAAAUCCGACGGAAUUCAAGAUAUUGAAGAUAUGAUAAAGAAACAAUCUCGAAAAGUAGAGAAACUGCAUAGUCAUUUGGAAUCUAAAAUUGUGAAUCGAAAUGAGCUCUAACAAUAUGUAACGAUGAUACUUAUUUGUUUUGUGAUAUCUACAUUUUUAUUCUCAAAUUAUUUUGAUUACCUAAUUUUACUAGUUUAAGAUGGUGAAUUUGUCUUGAAGGGUAGCUGAAUUCAGUAUUGUUUUAUCUUCACUAAUCUCAUAUCAUGUGUGAAAGUAAUCAUUUAUAUUUUUAUAAUUGUUGUUUUGAAAUAAAUAUCGAAAACCGAAUGAAA